AUGUCAUCAGCUUCUCUUACUUAUGCAUCUACACUCGGUGUUUCUUUGUCUAGAAGCACCACUCCCGAACCUCAAAUCGUGGCUACGCUCCAUCAUCACCACACGCAGCUCGGUUCUGGAUUUGUUAGCGCUUGUUUCAUCCAUUCAUUGCCUCCCUACCACAAGCGAUCUUAUAACUCUGCAAAAUCGACCUCCUUCACUCAUCUUUUCUAUAUCUUCAUAUGUUUGUUCUUGCUCGAUCUGCGCAUGUUUCCUGGAAUUUUUCCUGUUAAUCGCUUUAUUUUCCACAAAGAUACAAGCUCUUCAGAUACUCUGGUCAAAGACAUCACUGGCUCCCUUCCCGGUCGCUGCGGUCAAUCUUCCUUCUCCUCGUCGCCGUCGCCACUGCUUCCUCCACCCUCGCCGGCGUCAAACCUUCUUUCUCCUUUCCAAUGUCCUUUUCUUCCUUCCCGUCACCGACAUCCUGGACUCGUUUGGAUCUGUGAGUUUCUUUGGCAAGAAGGACACACUACCUUUGCAUCAAAGGAGGAGGCAGACGCUAAGGUUGUCGAAACUCUUGAACUGUAUAGGUGGCUAUAUGAAGAAUACUUGUUUGUCCCUGUGGUGAAAUUGAAAAAAAAUGCAAGAUCAUGUUUGAUGGUGGACUUUAUACCACCAGUGUUAGAGUUCUGUUUUGAAAGUGAAGAGAAAGUAAGAGGACUUCUGCAUAAUGUGUCAUUUUUAUUGAAACUAGGGGGUUACUUAAUCGGUAUUAUUCUAGACUCUUCUACUAUAUGGCAGGCUAUCAUGGCAAAGUAUCAGAAAAAUAUUGAAGCAUACCACAACCAAAGUGGCACCAUGAAACCCAACCUUGUUCCCAAUUCCAUUCGAUCAGAAAACCAUAUGAUCACUUUUGAAGUUGAAGAAGAAAAGUUUCCUUUUUUUUGGGAAAAAUACCAGAUGAAAACUGCAAAUGACACGUCUGCUGAAACACAUUGUCUGGUACAUUUCCCCACCUUGAUCAGACUGGAAAGAGAAGCUGGUCUCGAAUAUGUGGAGAUACAAAAUUUGUUGGAAUUUUAUGAUGAUAAUACGUGGGAUUUGGGAGUGUCAUAUAUUUUUUUCUUUCAAAUUUUUGCUGUUGUGAUUUUUACAUUAUACUUUGUUAUAUCAGAGCAUAGUUUUCUGGGAUGCUUCUAG